CGGCCACAAUUGCGGCUCACGUCUUCGUUGAGACGAUUUCAUAGUCCCGCCCACAGAAUCAGCCAUAACUCGCGGUCGACAGUAAAUGAAAGAAGGCUUCAUCACGAUGCGAAACUCUGGAAUGCCAUUUCGACUCAUUCCACCAAACGGGCUGAUGACCAUUCUGAAUCGCCAGUGCUCCGGAAGGCCGUACCCGUCGAAGAGAUACCGGAAGCUCUCGUGGAGCAUGUGCGUUCUUGGAUGAGGGAUGACCAUGUGCAGCGUCGCUUUCGCUCGUUUGGAAUACCGGUGCACGAAUGCAGUUCCUUGCUCACCCGCUUUGCGCUGGCAGUUCGGGCAAGAACGGCUUUUGAUACGGCAGAUUUCCACCCAGACAUGCUCACUCUCUUCACAUCCAGUCUGAGCAAUCCAGCCGACGGAGCUGCAAUAGACGGUGUCCUGUCCAAAGUAUUCUUCGCGUGGUCAAUCAAGUCAGAAGCAGAACUCGUAGGUGCUGGUGUCGUGUCCGGACCGACCUUGCAGAAAAUGAGGAGCCUUUUCAAAGUUACCGAUUACAGCUAUCCAGCCGAGUGGUUUCCGUCGACUCGCAUACUCAAGCGAAAGGUCUUCAUGCAUGUCGGGCCGACGAACAGUGGAAAGACGCACAAUGCACUCCGUGCACUAGCAGCAGCGAGGACCGGCUGUUACGCUGGUCCUCUGCGGCUGCUUGCUCAUGAAAUCGCGGAUCGUCUGAAUAAGGGCCAGAUCGUCCCGUUAGGCGCGGAGGUUACCCCGGAGGCAGAGCCCGACGAGCAGACAAACUUGGACGUGGGCACUGGACCCGUCGUAACCAGCUCUGGGGAUGGCAGGUUCGCAAGGGCUUGCAAUCUUGUGACGGGCGAGUCGCGUGUCAUUGUUGACGCCGCCGCCGGUCUUCUCAGCUGCACCGUGGAGAUGGUGAAUGUGGCCAGGUUCUACGAUGUUGCUGUCGUCGAUGAGAUUCAGAUGAUCGCGGAUGAGGCCCGCGGCGCCGGAUGGAGUGUGGCCGUCCUUGGAUUGCGCGCAAAGGAACUGCAUCUGUGCGGAGAGGAGACGGCUGUACCAAUUAUCGAAGCUAUGCUGCGGGAUACCGGGGACGAACUCAUCAUAAACCGGUACGAACGGCUUACCCCGCUGGUAGUCGCAGACAAGAGCUUGGAAGGUGACCUGUCUCGCGUGCAACCUGGCGACUGUAUAGUCACAUUCCAACGGUCAAACAUCUUCGCGUUGAAAAACCAGGUCGAGGCUGCUACUGGCUUGCGUGCAGCUGUUGUAUAUGGUCGGCUGCCUCCUGAAGUUCGCAAUGCCCAGGCUGCUCUGUUCAAUCAACCUGGCAGCGGGUACGACGUCCUCAUCGGAAGCGAUGCGAUUGGGAUGGGUCUUAACCUGAAAAUCAAGCGCAUGAUAUUCAGCGCUGUAAGCAAAUGGGACGGUAAGAAAGAAGUCCAACUCUCGAUCUCUCAAAUGAAACAGAUUGCUGGUCGCGCUGGUCGGUUUGGCUUGCACGGAGACGCCAAUCCUGGUGGCGUCGUUACCACUCUCCGUGAAGAAGAUCUCGAGACGCUCCGUAAGACGAUGGAGAAACCCGUACCUCCCCUGCCGUGCGCAUACGUCCGCAGUCCCCCAGACACCCUGGUAGCGCUCUAUGAACAACUGCCGCCUGGCUCACGGAUGUCGACUUUGAAUGCCGCCGUCAGGACAUUGACCAGGUUCCGACGGCCAUAUCACAUAGAAGACAAUCACAUCGCUGCCAUUAUGCUCAAGCUGGUUGACAUCGCGAGUGAUUUUUUACCCCUACACGAGCGCCUGGACGUCCUUGAAAUGCCAGUACCUACCAGAGACGAGAGGAUGGUCGACUUCACUCGGCGUCUGGUACAGCAAUUCCGCGAAGAAGGCAAGGUGGAUCUCAGGUCGUUGCUCCAUUCGACAGAGAUGUUCGAUGCACUGUCUCAUGUGCUGACGAUAAUGGAGUCUGGGGAGCAGAUCCGGACGCCCGAGUUGCACCUGAAUCGAUUGGAGUCACUGGACAAAGCCCUUUGCGCGUACUCCUGGCUAUGUAACCGCAACAAUGUCGUUUUCCCUGACCGGGAUCUCGUGGGUUUCCUCAAGGACAAGAGCGAACGGGCUAUUGCGGCUUGCCUGAGCGCCAUAGGUGCAGCGAGGACAUCAUCGCUCGCUCGACCUGCUCAUGCAGACGAGAAAACCGAAGCGCGACGGACAAAAACGCGGGAGCGCGUGGAGGACCGAAGUCGUCGUGUCAGACCCAGUAUUGGGGAUAAGUCCAGGAUGCCGGAUGAUGGCCCACGCAUCACAUUGCAGCGCAAGUCGACAAUCCGCGACCAAUCUGCCGCCUCUGCUUAAGCGCAGGCACUAUCGGGAGGAGAAUUACAUCUACGACCAUAGUCGGGAAGCCCGUGAAGCGGCACUUUCGGCCUCGUUGAGUCUGACUGGAGGCUCUCAUGCGAGGAAAGGUUCCAGUCCAUGCUUUCUUCUUCGCAAGUGCAGUGCGAAAUUGACCGGGAGAAUACUCGUGUUCUUCCAUGCCAGCAAAUUUCCGGGCCACAGGAUUGACAAGGGAUAAGUGCUGACGGACGAGAGUCUUUCACGAUAAUGGUUGUCUUGCGCUCUAUCGG